CACCUCAAGUGGAUCUCUCUGGUCUCCUGCCCUCACCAGCUGGACGAGAAUCACUGCUGGAGCGCAGCUUGCAACUUUUGCCGACCACUUUGCGCGAGCGGUCUUCACGGGUCCAGUGGAGGGAGCUGGCCUGGAACUUCACACCAGGAUUAUAAGGAUCCACCCAGUUGGUCCUCUUCAUGGCACUGUGAGCUCCGGACUGGAUUUAAUGCUCGCCAACAAUGACAGAAGCAGACGUGAGGUCUUCAACCACAACCACAAUGGUCAUUGAGGGGAAGAACGGAGACGCCGGCUCGGUGGCACGGGUUCCCAAGAAGACCUUCACAGACGACCUCUACUCCACCUUCAGCUCGCCGCUGGCCUGGAUCUUGGUUCUGGCCCUCAUCGUGACGUGGACCUGUGUGUUUGUUAUCUUGUUCGACCUGACGGACUACAAGACCAUCUCAGGCGGCCUCAGCAGAAUCGGCUCUGACCCCAUGAAGGCGGUGAGCGAUGUGGUGGAGGAGUCGUCCAGCGUCUUCAGCUCUGUACUCAAGUUUGCAGCCAACCUGGUGGCACCCGAGGAAGACGACGGAAACCUCUACGCCGUCCGGAAGAAAGAUUUACGAUGGGUGGAGGAGGAGCAGGAGGAGGAAGUGAAGAUUAAGAGAGAGAAAGGAGAGUUCCUGCCGUCCAGGAGUAAAGUUGUAGAGAUGCAGGUCAAGAAGAGUCGACCAGCCGUGGAGAUGGUGGAGGAGGAAGAGGAGGAGGAGGAGGAAGGAGAAGAAGAGGAGGCUGCUGAGGAGGAGGAGCGGGAGGAGGGUGAAGAUGAAGAGGGGGAUCUGGAGGAGGAGGAACAAGAGGAGGACGAGGAGGAGGAACUAGGGGAGGAGGAGUAUGAUGAAGACUAUGAGAGAUAUUAUGAGGAGGAGGAAGAGGACUAUGAGGAGGAAGAGGGGGAGGAUGAGGAGGAAGAAGAGGAAGAUGAGGGAGCAGCAGUGGAGGAGGAAGAGGAAGAGGAGGAGGAGGAGGCGGAGGAGGAAGAGGAGGAUGAGGAGGAAGAGGAAGAGGAGGAGGAGGAGGAGGAAGAGGAGGAUGAGGAGGAAGAGGAGGAGGAAGAGGAGGAGGAAGAGGAGGAUGAGGCAGUUGAAGUGGAAGAGGAGGAAGCAGAAGCUGAAGAGGAUGAAGGUGAGGAGGAAGAAGCUGCUGAGGAGGAGCUUGAAGAGGAUGAAGGUGAGGAAGUUGAGAGGAAACCCAAAGCAGCUUCACUCGAAAGCGAUGAAGACGCUCUUGAUGAUGAAGAGGAUGAGGAUAGAGUGGCGGCUGCUGAUGAAGAUGAGGAGGAAGAGGAAGAAUCUCCUGAGCCCAGUUCCACCUCUGAGGAGGAUGAAGAUGACGACAGCAGCGACGAGGCGUUCACUGACUCUACGGACUCGACGGCGACUGCAGGCCUCCCCACUGAUGAGGAUGAUGAAGAUGAUGCUCUGGCUGAUGAUGCCACCACUUCAGAGAGUGUUGACGUCACUGAUGAGGAUGAUGAAGAUGAUGCUCUGGCUGAUGAUGCCACCACUUCAGAGAGUGUUGACGUCACUGAUGAGGAUGAUGAAGGUGCAGAGGAGGAGGAGGAGCUCCCUCCUCUGCCUGCUGAUGAAGACGUCCAUGAGAUCCACUUGAAAGAGCUCACUGACUCUUUGGAAGAUGAUGAUGACGAUGAUGAAGAGCUCCGGCCUUUUACAGCUGAAGAUGAUGAUGAUCUUCUUCCUGCUGAGGAUGAUGACCACAAACUAGCAGAGGAAGAUCUGCUUGAAGAAUCCACUGACGACGAUGAUGAAGAUGAAGACAGAGAUGAUCUGGACCAAUCAGAUCUGGAUGUUCCUAUGGCAUCGUCAGACAACUUUGCAGACGAUGAAGAUGAUGACGAGGACUCUGAUUUGGAGAAACGACCUGAUGAAGACCACGAUGAAGAUGAAGUCCAGUUACCUCAAGAUGAACAUGAUGAUGAUGACGAAGACCAUGAGGACAAAGACCUUCCCGCCAUCGAGGACACUGACAGUGGUGUCAUGGCGGACGACGACGAUGACGAUGAAGAGCACAGAACAGAAUCCGAGACAGACGACGUCACCCUGGAUGUGACUGACGAUGACGGUGAUGAAGAUGUGGAGCUGAUGCUGGAUGGAGCGUCAGCAGAGACAGCUAGUGACCAUGAGGAGGGUGAAGAGGCCUGGCCAGAGAGCAAAGCUCCCGAGGACCAGGAGGACGAGGAGGAGGUCUCACUCAGAGCCUCCGCUGCAGCAGCAUCAACUGUCCAGCAGGAGGCACCUGCUGAUGCUGCCGCCGAUGAAGCGGAAGAUUCAGAGUUGGAGCAGACAGAAGAGGACAAGGCUGCGCAGGACGACUCUGAACCAGCCGGGGAGGAGGAGGAGGAGGAGGAGGAGGAGGAAGAGCGGCCGCCAGCUGAACCGCUGAAGUCCGCGUACGAACCUGAAGAUGAUGAAGAGAGGGUGACGGUGAAACCUCUGCCUGAAGAGGAGACUCCCAAGAGCAAGGACGGUGAGAGAUGGAGAUGA